UCUGCUGUUAUGAAUAUCAUCAUUAUCAUUAUUUCUGUUACUGCUAUCAAAUAUUUUGGUAAUAGCAUUUUCUAUGUGAGAAGAACCAGCAUUAGCUGUAAUCGCAAUAGUGCCACUAUCAUAGGAAAUGAUAAAGAUGAUAAGAGAGAAAAUGGUGAAUAGGAGAAGGUGAAAAAAAAUGCGGAAAGAAACAAAUAUGAGAAAAUUAAAAAAAAACAAGAAAGAGAUAAGUGAGAAGAUAACAAAUAAGAAGGGAAAGGAAACCGAGACCUUAAAAUCCCUCCACCUGAUCGGGCUUCAAAAGUGGCGCUCAUUUUGUCCAUCAUUUUGUCCCAUGACGUCACUCUCUCUUCCUGGCUCGCUGCUACAAGAGACUGAAUGACUAACAUCAAACAGCACUGAAUACCUCUUCCCUCAACGAACUCCUCUAUACGGCGGCUACAGAAGAGCGUCGGAUGUCGACAAGAGGAUCGCGAUCGUCACUUGUUCUCGCCCGUGUGACGUCAGUUUCCUCCGUCUAUUGCACCCAUGACGGUGAUUUACGACAACAACAUAUCCCCCAUGAGUGUCACGACAAGUGUUGGCAUUCGGAGUGGUGAUGGUGGCAGUGACAAUGAGGAGUCGGAACCCAUGACGACCAUACCCCUGACACAAGGUUCAGGGGGUGUGGGGGGAGGGGGAGGGGGCCGGCGGAAGAAAGAGUCCACAGCUCAGUAUAAUAAUGAGCGAGAAAUGUGUCUGCAGUAUUUCGAGAAGUGGAGUGAGCAGGACCAGCUAGAGUUCAUGGAGCACCUCCUGUCCAGAAUGUGCCACUACCAGCAUGGACACAUCAACGCCUUCCUAAAGCCUAUGCUCCAGAGAGAUUUUAUUACGCUCUUGCCAAAAAAGGGUCUAGAUCAUGUAGCAGAAAAAAUCCUAGGAUAUUUAGAUGCCAAAUCCUUGCGAGAAGCAGAGUUGGUAUGUAAAGAAUGGCACAGGGUAAUUGCAGAUGGACUUCUAUGGAAAAAAUUGAUAGAGAGAAAAGUACGCACAGAUCCUCUAUGGAGAGGGCUCUCAGAACGAAAGGGGUGGGGUAUGUAUCUCUUCAAACCACGGCCAGGAGAGCAACAUCCUGGGCACUCUUAUUAUCGAAAGUUAUAUCCUAAAAUUAUACAGGAUAUUCAAACCAUAGAAAAUAAUUGGAGAAUGGGUAGACAUAAUUUGCAAAGGAUAAAUUGUCGCUCAGAGAACUCCAAAGGUGUCUACUGUUUACAAUAUGAUGACCAGAAAAUUGUCUCUGGUCUCCGAGAUAACACCAUCAAAAUUUGGGAUCGAACUUCGCUGCAGUGUUACAAGGUACGAGGGGUGUUGACGGGUCACACAGGGUCAGUGUUAUGCCUCCAGUAUGAUGAGAGGGUGAUCAUUAGCGGGUCGUCAGAUUCCACAGUCAGAGUGUGGGACGUGAACACGGGCGAGAUGACCAACACACUCAUCCACCACUGUGAGGCAGUACUUCACUUACGCUUUAACAAUGGAAUGAUGGUCACUUGCUCAAAGGACCGUUCCAUUGCUGUCUGGGAUAUGGUAUCUCCGGCAGAAAUCAACCUCAGACGGGUGCUAGUGGGUCACCGGGCAGCAGUUAAUGUUGUUGAUUUUGAUGAGAAAUAUAUUGUCAGUGCAUCUGGUGACAGAACAAUCAAGGUAUGGAGUACAGGAACCUGUGAAUUUGUGCGGACGCUAAAUGGUCACAAGAGGGGCAUUGCAUGUCUGCAGUAUCGUGAUAGACUUGUAGUCAGUGGCUCUUCAGAUAAUACAAUAAGGCUGUGGGACAUUGAAUGUGGUGCAUGUUUAAGAAUUCUGGAAGGGCAUGAAGAACUUGUACGAUGCAUUCGCUUUGACAACAAGAGGAUCGUAUCAGGAGCAUAUGAUGGGAAGAUCAAGGUUUGGGACCUCCAAGCAGCGUUGGAUCUUCGAGUGCCAGCUGGAACCUUAUGUCUUCGAACUCUUGUGGGGGAACAUUCCGGCCGAGUAUUCCGCCUCCAGUUUGACGAGUUCCAGAUAGUGUCGUCUUCCCACGAUGACACUAUCCUCAUCUGGGAUUUCCUCAACUGCUCCCCCCCAGAGGCAUCUGGGACUGCCGGUGCUCGAGGGGGAUCGCCCACCUGCGACAGAAGCUAAUGCAGUGAAGACAUAGUGUACAUUGUUUUGUUCCAUUAAAAGAGGUCUCCUGGGCGUUGAUGAUCCUCAGGAGAUACUCUCGUAGCAACUUGCAUCUACGGGAUGUGCCUGCAGCUGUGAAAGAGACUUGAGUGAUGGAAGCUCGAGUGCUGUCAAGAA